CUGUGACAUAGUUGCACCACUUUUGCCAGUGCUUAGGAAAUGUUUCCAUUCUUUGGUUAACAUGAGCUGUGAUCUGCUCCAUUCUGUAGAUCUCUGUUACAAUGUCUCUCCAUGAUGUAAUUGUAGGACACUCUGGUAAUAACCAUUUUCUAGUAAUAGUCUUUUUACUGGCCACCAGCAUUGCAUUCAUCAAGUGUCUGUCCCCUUUCAGCCAACUUUAGGUAUAUUUAUAAGGUACAGAAUCUUAAAGUCCAAAGGAAUGUCCUCGCGAAAGAUGUCCUGUAAAGCAUUGUGUACCGCCUUACAACAGUUUUUAAUGAUGGGACAGUCCCAGAAGAUGUGGUAAUGGUUUGCGCUUUGGUGUCCACACUUUCUCCAGCAAACAGGAAUGUUAUCGCUAUAAUGAGAUGUCUGAGAUGGUGUAAUGAAAUAUCUUACAAUUUUUCCAGUUAAACUCUCGCCAGCUCAUUGAACUGGUACAUUUCCAUUGGUACCCCCAUAUUAAUGUCCAUUCUUCCUCAGAAAUAUCUAUCCUAGAUUCCUUUUCCCAUUUUUCUUUAAUGUAUGCUGUUGAAUGAGUUUUAAGAUCUAGAAAGCGUUUAUAUAUGGCUGACAUCGUCCCUUUACUGCAAUUUGACUUAUAUGCUCUUUUAAACAGUUCUAUGGGACUGGAGUUUGCCUCUGUUACCUGUUUAACAUUUUCAUUGACAACAUGCUGCAACUGUAAGUAUCUAAAGAAGUCCUGUUUCUCUAACAGAUAAUUUUCGUGAAUCAUUUCAAAACUAAAUAGUAUGUUUCCAUUCAUAAUAUUGCAUAAAGCUGUUAUUCCAUUAUCUCUCCAUUUUUUGAAUCUGGUGUCCAUUUUAUUUGGUGUGAAGUCUGAGUCAUAUCAGUAGAUCUCCUUCUAGUUUAUAUUCUAUAAUGAUAUGUUUCCACACCUUAAGGGUCAAUUUGACCAAUGGAUUAUCAGAACUGUUUAUUUAGUGUUGCAGUUUAGAGUCAGCUAUGAUUGCUUUUAUUGGAAUGGGAAAUAUUUUUUCUUCAAUGUCUUUCCACUGUGCUCCUGUUUUUCCUGUUUGAUCUAAUGACUUUGACUCCUGAAAGUGUAUUUAAGUGUGUGAGACUGUUGGGGACACAGUACUGUUGGGGACACAGUACUGUUGGGUACACAGUAGGCAGUAUGGGAAUCGAACCGCAGUUUGGACCUCUCGUCCAAUUAGAACGACGAUUGAAGGAUGAGGCGUCUCUUAACACGUCGCCUCCCGGAGAGCGCAGCGCCUCGCGCGCCCCCUACAGGCUCUCUCCGGUACAACACGCUGCGUGUAAUAAACAUCCUGCCUCGAAAAGCGCAAAUGAGCUGCGGCAGCAGCAGCAGCUGGAGCCCCGAAACCACGCCGUCCCUUCCGGCGGGUGACUGACCGACUGGUGGCUGCGGCAUGGACGAGCGGACCGCGGGGCGAAGGCGCAUUCCCCAAAUGGCGGAGUGAGCGAGGAUGCGACUCCCCAGUUCCAUCUUUGUGUCGGUGUCUCUGUUCACGGCCGAGACCACGGCGGCGCUCUACCUCAGCUCCACGUACCGCUCAGCUGGAGACCAAAUCUGGCAAGGGCUCACCCUCCUCUUCACGCUCGUGCCGUCCGUGCUCGUGCAGCUGACCCUCACCUUCAUCCACCGGGACCUCAACAGAGACCGACCGCUCAUCCUGCUGCUGCACAUCCUGCAGCUCGGACCCAUCGUCAGGUGUCUGGAGGCCUUCUGUAUCUAUGGCGGCGUGGGCCGUGUUGAGGAGCCGUAUGUCAGCAUCACGAGGAAGAAGCAGAUGCCUCGCGGGGGUCAGUCUGAGGAGGUGGAGCGGCAGGUGGGGCAGGCGGAGGGGAAGCUGUUCACGCACCGAGCAGCCUUCGCCCGCACAUCAGUCAUUCAGGCCUUCCUGGGAUCUGCUCCCCAGCUCACCCUGCAGCUCUACAUCUGCGUCCUGCAGCAGGGGGUCUCCAUCGGACGAGGCACUCUGAUGGUGAUCUCCCUCCUGUCCAUCGUCUACGGGGCGCUGCGCUGCAACAUCCUGGCCAUCAAGAUCAAAUACGACGACUAUGAAGUGGACGUGCGCCCCACGGCGUAUCUGUGCAUUUUCCUGUGGCGGAGCUUUGAGAUCGCCUCUCGCGUGGUGGUUCUGGUUCUGUUCAGCUCCGUGCUGCAGCUCUGGGUCCUGCCUGUGGUUCUGCUCAACUUCCUGGUGUUCUUCCUCUACCCGUGGAUCCUGUUUUGGCACAGCCACUCCCCGUUCCCCGAGAAUAUAGAAAAAACGUUGACCAGGGUGGGAACCACCAUCGUGCUUUGCAUGCUCACCUUCCUCUACGCCGGCAUCAACAUGUUCUGCUGGUCCGCCGUGCAGGUGAAGCUCAGUGACCCCGACCUCAUCAAUAAGUCCCAGAACUGGUAUCGCAUGGCCGCCUACUACCUGGUCCGCUUUGUGGAGAACGCCUCGCUGCUUCUGCUCUGGUACCUCUAUAAAACGGACUUCUACAAGUUCUUCUGUGCCCCGCUGCUGGUGCUGCAGCUGCUGGUCGCCUACGCCAUCGCCAUCUUCUUCAUGCUGGUCUUCUACCAGUUUUGUCAUCCGUGUCGGAGGCUCUUCUCCUCCAGCAUGAGCCAGUACCUCUGGAACUGCUCCGCCCUCCUCUGCCUCGUGUGCGACUCCUCAUCCCCGCCGAGCAGACAGAACGGGCCGGCGGGAAAGUCACCCGGACCCGCGCGGUCGGCCCCCGACACAGCCAGCGACACCACGGACGAGACGUCGUACGACAUGCUCGACGGCACGACGAAUGAAAACGCGAAUGAAAUGGGAAACAACGCAAGUGGAGUCAACGGGGACAUUACGCACAACGUAUCCCGCGACGCAACAGCCGGACGUGCCAUCCAGAGGAGCAUCACGCCCUCCGUUACCUUCUUAAGUGCCACAUGAAUCACUCCGCCAGCUCACUCUUUGAAUCCUCGUCGUGUAUCCAUCUCAACUCCUGACCACGCCUCGUGAAGCAGGAGGUGGUGCUGACUCGUCUCAAACCAGCCUUUUCAUAAGUCUACAAAUAGAAUCAUGGGCCACGGUGUUAAUUCUAUAAGUGUGUGUGUGCACUUCUAUGCUGCGUUACUGAUCCCAAGGCACCACUCAUUUCAAUUGAUUGUAUUUAGUAUCAGCAUGGAGGUGUGCAUGUGUGGAGCCUCACGUUUAACUUCUGCAGGAGGGCGGCUCCAUUUUUGUACAGAGUUCUCUUUGUUGUUUCUCCCGAAUCUCUUUGUCGUUUUAUGGCUGCAAGCAAUCAGCUUUUUUACUCGGCUUUAUCACGAAGACUCGCUGCUUCUGUAUUUGUGCUCGACGACGAGAUGUGAAUCUCCCACACGUUAGUUGAAGAACCUGUUGGAGCACCAAACAAUAGAACUGUAAAGCGGCUUCAGGCGCAAUGUUUUUGCACGUUUACAAACAGGAUUUAAGUGGCUUUAUUUUUAACUUGAGACGCAACACUUGCAGUGACGUGAAACGCUUUGAGAUGUAUUUGCAUUUUUUUUAUGUGCUCGUCACGUCUGUCGGCUUUUAAUCUGCGCGUCUGAUUAAUUCGUAUAUUUACACCAAGUGCUCACAAAGUGAUUAUAUCUUAUUGAAAAUGUUUGAAUUGCAUCAAGUAUUUAGGCUUUUUUUCAACCCUUAAUGUAUGUGUGUGAGAACGUCGUUUGUUUUUGCAAUGCAUCAGCAGAGGGAUGACAACUUUGUGUAUCAAAUGUAUGCUCCUAAAGUUUUUGUACAACUUAAAGAAGUCCAAUAAAUAUGAAAGAUGUAUCGAAUACAUUGAACAUUUGCAUUCAGAGCAAAGAAAAAAAAGUAUAUAAUCACUUAAAAAUAAAUUUAUAUGAAAAUUG